UGGACACACAGUAGGCUUGACUGUGGUCUGUAGCCACAAACUUUUUCGGCAAACAACCGUUCAAAUUUCCAGCAUAAUUAUAAAAUGGCUGAAAAUCAGGAAUCCCUGCAGGACUCGUCGGUGUCGUCACGCAUCACGCUGUUUAACCAGCAAGCUGAACAGCAUAAAAACUGGAUGAUGAUAAACCCCUUCGCCCAUUACAAUGUGAGUGAGAUUCCGAAGAGGACUUUUUCAAAGGACGAAUACGGCCGAGCUCCGACGGGCAGUCUUUCCGAGCAGAGAUCCUUGCAGGCCAGUGUCCGUGCUCUGGAGGAGAUCCUCCAACUGUGCGAUAUAAUUCAGAAAUCCGGUCGCGUUGAUCCUAUUGAUGGCAGAAGAGUACUAGCUUUCGGUCAGCUAUUUGAAACCUACAACAAUAUAUCCGACAAGUUGCUUGCCACGCUGUUGGGUGCUCGAAAGUAUGGAUUCGUAGACUUUAGCGGGGAAACCCUUUUUCAAGGUCGUGAUGACACUGAACCCGUCCGCCUGCUUCGCCCCUUCGAGGAGCUCCAAACCGACAUCAUUGCCAAGGUCGCUGAUCUGCGCUGCGAUUUCACCGAAAAACCAGAGGAAUCCAAUCUCCUUCGCGAGGAUUAGCCAAUGUUCUCUGCUCAGAAGUGGGCCAGAAACUGUCACCUACUUCACAGGCACGUGUUCGCCUCUGAACCCUUUUGCUAAUUGAAUUAAAGUCUGGGUAUCUGGCCGAGCGGCUUUUAACCAACAGCGAAAACCAGUGCGAAAAACCGGCAAUCCCAUCACGUAUACGACAAGAGGGCCACGUCAAAAACACCUGUCGCUGUGCCUUUUUAUAGCACAUCACCCCUGCGAUUGUAUUACCUGCAGGAAAUAAACAAAUUAUAGCCGA